AUGCUGUCCAGGAGAUCCUGUCAAGACCGCCAGUGCUCGGACGGCGUCGACGCAGAGACCACCCGCUACGUCGGCCCGUCGCCGUGGCGUUUCGGCAGCGUCAUCUUCCUCGGCUUCUUCGUCAAACUGUCGGGCAUCCUCUUCAUCCUCGUGGGCUUCAACUCGGCCACUCCGGGUCUCCGACUCCUCGGGUUCGUCCUCAUCCCUCUGGGCAUAGUGGUCUUCAGCGGCGGCGUCCUCUGGGCCGCCAUGGAGAGCUGGCGCUACCGGGCUGCCCUCAUGGCAAUCCACGCCCUGGACCCUCUGGCGGCGUCCGGGGUCUUUCUGAACGGGACGUCCGUCAGCUCCGUGUCGGUGAACGUAGCGCACCGAAGCGGAGUCAUCCACUCUGCGCCGCCCGUCGACCCAGAUGGUCCGAUGGCGGGCCUGGAACCCAUGCAGUUCAGCAAGUACCCCGUCGUGUUGCCGGUGUACGCGGCGCCGACACAGGCAUCUUGA